AUGGGAGGUUCUAGACUACAAGAGUGGACUCCAAAACAUAAGUAUGCAGUGGUGGAAUGGCAGAGAACAUAUAGGAUGAGAAAGGUGGUCGGCAAAUGGGUGGAGAGACCUAUCAUUAGUAGAUCAGUUCCAGCAACCCCUACUAAGUCUCCCUCAAAGCAGGAAUCUUAUGGUAUGCUUUACCAUGGGGGAGAUGACUUUUCAGAUGACCUUGGUGAUCACAUGGUGACUCCACUGCACCUGCCAAAGUCCCUGAGUCAAAAUGACUAUAUACACCAAUGGGUCCCAAAGACCAAAGCAUAUCUUGACAUACUCCUUGAAAGAGAAGUUCCAUCAGAUAGGUCAUGUAUCAUCUGUGGUACAGAUGGUGUCUAUAAAUGCCAUGGAUGCUUCGGUGAGCCUCUCUUUUGCACAAGUUGUUGCAGAACCCAGCACCAGAGGCUUCCCUUUCAUCGGGUUAGCCAAUGGACAGGCUCGUUCUUUGAGGAAAGUUGCUUGGUCAAGAGUGGGAUGGUAAUCUGGCUCGGACAUGGAGGAAAUGCAUGCCCAUGGGAUGAUGAUGUAGGGGAGUCAGCUCUGUUCACUACAGGGGAAGGAGAUUCCGACGAUACAGAUGCCAAGAGCAUAUUGAAUGAACCAAAUGCCGAGCAGAGCACAAAGGAGGCCCAUGACCUACCGACCGGCAUGCUGUUCAUUAAGAACAACAAGGCCAUGACAACAAUAGUCGACAAGUCCGGAGUACAUACCCACAUCGUCAAGUAUUGCACAUGCCCAGAGGCCGACACCGCCGAUAUACAGUUGUUUAACAUGGGUUUGUUUCCGGCGUCAUUCAUAGAACCAAAGACGGCAUUUACCUUCGAUGUCUUGGACGACUUCUUACUUGACAACCUGGAGUGCGGGACUUCGGCAAUGAAUUAUUACAGCAAGUUAAGGAGGAUGACCACGAGCGUCUUUCCUCACUUGGUGCCAGACCGUUACCAGGAGCUCAUGAGGGUGGCAAGACAAUGGCGGAAGUUGAAGCUCCUGAAGUGGAAUGGCUUCGGCCAUGAGGACAAGGAAGUGAGACCUGGCGAUCUAGCCCUCUUUUGUCCAGCAUGUCCUCAGCCAGGAAUUAAUACUCCGAGUUGUUUAUACACAAGAUCGCUUGUCAUGAACAGAAACUUCAAAGCCGAGCAUCUUCAUGCCACAAAUCCUGCCGAUGAAGUGUCUCUCAUGGACAGUCGUGGCUUCAUGGAGCAUUUGGCCAUUGCCAAGGAUGCUGUGCAAUGCUCGGAGUGCAACAACCACCACAUGGUAAAUUUGGCAAAUGCAUCUCGUCACAGAUUGGAGGCCACCGGCAUCGGCGGAUGCGCAUGUGCGAGGCAUGGUUGUUUUGUCCCGCAUGCCAUGGUAGAUUUUCAGAAGGGAGAAAGACAGAUGAAUAUGGAUUAUGCGCUGUGCGAGGCAUUGAAACUCAAUGCCAAGGGCAUCCGCCGUGUAUUGACCUUCUAUGAUGUGAACUGUCAGUAUCAUAAGCACCUCCAGGACCACAUCGCCGACAGUCCGUUGCUGAAGAUGCAUCCAGAGCUGGAAAUCACCCCCGGCAUUGGACUAUGGCAUGUCCAUGGCCAUCAAGACAGCUGCUAUGUCAGAUAUGCUUCCAAUUUCAUACAAGGCGCAGCCAGGAUCGACGGCGAGAUCAUGGAGACCUUAUGGGUGCCAUUAAAUAUAAUCUCACCAGUGGCCCGUGGCAUGGGAACUCCUCACCGAAAAGAAUGCCUGGAUUACCAAAUGAAUGAUUGCAACUUCAUGAAAAUGAUCAGAAUGAGCAAAUCACUUUGCCGAAAAUACAAGGAAGCUAUGAAAGGGGUCGCCGACAGCAACAUGGCAUUUGAGCGGCUUGAUGAGACCGCCAAUGCCAAUAAAGUCAAAGAUUGGGAGGCCCAAGAGAGGUUGGCACAUGAACGGCAGCAUCAUGAUCCAACAGCAAUGGACAUUUAUGAAGUUCAACUGUGCAAAGCGCCGACAAGAAAACAGCAAGGGUUAAGGUUGUUAACGGCGCAAGGCCGGCGGCCUGGUGAGGGGCGCCGGAGAGGUGCGGCAACAUGGCUGGCAGAGGGCCUUGCUAUCGAGGAAGCCCAGGUCACGCUGCAGAUGGAUGUGAGAAAGCUCGGACAUUGGGCAACAGAUACUCAGCGAUUGGCGAUUGGUCGCCGACGGGAUACCCUGCAACGGGAUAUCGAUCGCUGGACGGCGGCCGGAGCAAUAAUUCUUGGCAAGGAAUUAGGCAACAAUGACAUGCAGAUCAUGCAACCAGAUCUGUUAAUACUUCAAGAAGACACUGAAGAAGAUAUGGAUGCCGAGCUUAGAGCGUUUGAGCCGGAAAAGGGGGUGAUUCCUUUGCCUUCCAAUUUGGGGCUAGAGAAAUGUGUGGCCCUCGGCAUUGCUGAUAUCGCCGAUCAGGAGCUCACGCUCUGGCAAGGUCAGGCGAAUAAUGCCCUGCACCACAUCAGGGUGCAUUUGGCUGACAAGGCGGUCAUUUUCUUGAAGACUGUCAGAGUAGCAAAAUCACAAGCAUUGUCUACCAGAGCUUGGGCUCAAGUUCAUUCAGUGGACAGGGCGGUCAGCAUCAAUGCAAGUAUCUAUUCAAAAUGCCGAUCACAAUUGUGCAGACUCGGUGCAGACGAUGCACUGCUCAAGAGAUACCAACCGUUGACAAGGGAGCAUCUCAAGAGGAACAAUGUGUUAGCUUGGUUUUGUGACUGGCUGAAUGAGUUUUACCGUGUUCACUGGCUUCGUGCCAAGGCUAUGAGAGACCAAUGGGCAGAGGAGUUGUUGCUUGUUCAGCAUGAAAUGGAUUGGACAUGUAACUUUUUGCUUCAGAAGGCCGAUGAAUGGAUCCGUCUCAGUGCCAUCUUGAAGCUAGCCCAGAAGCAUGGUCAUGUGGCGUACUCGGAGAGGCAGUGCAAAAUCUAUCAACAUCUGUUCGGAGAGGCGAGAGAUUCAUUCAACCAGGCGAAGGCUGCAUGGCCGCCGGUGUAA